CUGCUUGGAUGAUCAGUAUAGAGGAAGCAGGGACUUGCUGAGAGCUGAAAUCUCUGUUUGAUUUGCUGUAACACGUAAAGCGAAACUGGGACAUUUUACUUUACCGUUCUAUUAAAGGUUGUACAAAACUUAAAAGAAGCAUCAAUUCUACUCACUUGUUAUUGGACUUGAAACUCCUUUGACCUCAGAAGUUGAAGAUGAGGUUGCCAUGGGAACUGCUGGUACUGCAAUCAUUCAUGUUGUGCCUGGCAGAUGACCACACACUGCAUGGUCCUGUUUUUGUUCAAGAGCCAAGUCAUAUAAUGUUCCCUUUGGAUUCUGAGGAGAAAAAAGUGAAACUCAAUUGUGAAGUUAAAGGAAAUCCAAAACCACAUAUCAGGUGGAAGUUAAAUGGAACAGAUGUUGACACUGGAAUGGAUUUCCGCUACAGUGUUGUUGAAGGAAGCUUGUUGAUCAAUAACCCCAAUAAAACCCAAGAUGCUGGAAUGUAUCAGUGCAUCGCAACAAACUCGUUUGGAACAAUUGUUAGCAGAGAAGCAAAGCUUCAGUUUGCUUAUCUUGAAAACUUUAAAACAAAGACUCGAAGCACUGUGUCCGUCCGUCAAGGCCAAGGGAUGGUGCUACUGUGUGGCCCCCCACCCCAUGCUGGAGAGCUCAGCUAUGCCUGGAUCUUCAACGAAUACCCUGCCUAUCAAGAUAACCGCCGCUUCGUUUCUCAAGAGACUGGAAAUCUGUAUAUAGCCAAAGUAGAAAAAUCAGACGUGGGUAAUUAUACCUGUGUGGUUACCAAUACCGUGACCAACCACAAGGUUCUGGGACCACCCACACCACUAAUACUGAGAAAUGAUGGGGUGAUGGGCGAAUAUGAGCCAAAAAUAGAAGUGCAGUUCCCAGAAAUGGUCCCGACUGCCAAAGGAGCGACGGUAAAACUGGAAUGCUUUGCCUUGGGAAAUCCAGUACCAUCCAUUGUCUGGAGAAGAGCUGAUGGAAAGCAGGUAGCGAGGAAAGUCAGAAGACACAAGUCAAAUGGAACGCUUGAAAUCCCUAAUUUUCAGCAGGAGGAUGCCGGGUUAUAUGAAUGUGUGGCUGAAAAUUCAAGAGGAAAAAAUGUAGCUAAGGGACAGUUAACCUUUUAUGCUCAACCUAAUUGGAGUCAAAAAAUAAAUGAUAUCCACGUAGCCAUUGAAGAAAAUGUAUUUUGGGAAUGUAAAGCAAAUGGAAGGCCAAAGCCGACAUACAGGUGGCUAAAAAAUGGUGAACCACUGUUAACUCGGGACAGAAUGCAAAUUGAGCAAGGAAUGCUCAACAUAACCGUGGUCAACCUCUCAGAUGCUGGCAUGUAUCAGUGUGUGGCAGAAAAUAAACACGGAGUUAUCUUUUCCAAUGCAGAGCUUAGUGUUGUAGCUGUGGGUCCAGAUUUUUCAAGAACCCUCUUAAAAAGAGUAACUCUUGUCAAAGUGGGAGGUGAAGUUAUCAUUGAGUGUAAGCCCAAAGCUUCUCCAAAACCUGUUUACACCUGGAAGAAAGGAAGGGACAUAUUAAGAGAAAAUGAAAGAAUUAGCAUUUCUGAAGAUGGGAGCCUCAGAAUCAUCAACGUCACUAAGUCAGAUGCUGGGAGUUAUACCUGCAUAGCUACUAACCAUUUUGGAACUGCCAGCAGUACUGGAAACUUGGUCGUCAAAGAUCCAACAAGAGUAAUGGUACCCCCUGCCAGUAUGGAUGUCACUGUUGGAGAAAGUAUUGUUCUGCCCUGCCAGGUCACACAUGAUCAUUCAUUAGACAUCGUGUUCACAUGGACCUUUCAUGGACACCCAAUAGACUUCGACAAAGAUGGCGACCACUUUGAAAGAGUUGGGGGGCAGGAUUCAGCUGGUGAUUUGAUGAUCCGAAACAUCCAGCUGAAGCAUGCUGGGAAAUACGUCUGUCUGGUACAAACAAGUGUGGACAAGCUAUCAGCUGCUGCAGACCUGAUUGUCAGAGGCCCCCCAGGUCCCCCAGAGGCUGUGACCAUAGAUGAGAUCACAGACACAACUGCUCAGCUCUCCUGGAGACCAGGGCCUGACAACCACAGCCCCAUCACCAUGUACGUCAUUCAAGCCAGGACUCCAUUCUCUGUGGGCUGGCAAGCCGUCAACACAGUUCCAGAGCUCAUUGAUGGGAAAAUGUUCACAGCGACUGUGGUGGGCUUGAACCCUUGGGUGGAAUAUGAAUUCCGUACAGUUGCAGCCAACGUGAUUGGGAUUGGCGAGCCAAGCCGGCCAUCAGAGAAACGGAGGACAGAAGAGGCCCUCCCCGAAGUCACCCCAGCUAACGUCAGUGGUGGUGGAGGCAGCAAAUCUGAGCUGGUUAUAACCUGGGAGACGGUGCCAGAAGAGUUACAGAAUGGUGGAGGCUUUGGUUACGUGGUGGCCUUCCGGCCCUAUGGCAAAAAGAGCUGGAUGAAGACAGUGAUGGCCUCCGCUGACGCCUCCAGAUACGUGUUCAGGAAUGAGAGCCUGUCCCCUUUCUCUCCCUUUGAAGUUAAAGUGGGUGUCUUCAACAAUAAAGGAGAAGGCUCAUUCAGUCCCAUCACAACAGUGUAUUCUGCAGAAGAAGAGCCCACUAAACCACCACCCAGCAUCUUUGCCAGAAGCCUGUCUGCAACAGAUAUUGAGGUUUUCUGGUCCUCACCCCUGGAGAAAAAUAUAGGACGGAUUCAAGGUUAUGAGGUUAAAUACUGGAGACAUGAUGAUAAGGAAGAAAAUGCUAGAAAAAUACGAACAAUUGGAAAUCAUACAUCAACAAAAAUCACCAACUUAAAAGGCAACGCACUGUAUCAUCUGGCCGUCAAAGCAUACAAUUCCGCCGGGACCGGCCCCUCAAGUCCAACUGUCAACGUGACAACUAGAAAACCACCACCAAGUCAACCCCCCGGAAACAUCAUAUGGAAUUCAUCGGACUCCAAAAUUAUCCUGAAUUGGGAUCAAGUGAAGGCCCUAGAUAAUGAGUCGGAAGUAAAAGGAUACAAAGUCUUUUACAGAUGGAACAGACAAAGCAGCACAUCUGUCAUUGAGACAAAUAAAACAUCGGUGGAGCUCUCUUUGCCUUUUGAUGAAGAUUACAUCAUAGAAAUCAAACCGUUCAGUGAUGGAGGAGAUGGCAGCAGUAGUGAACAGAUUCGAAUUCCAAAGAUAUCAAAUGCCUACGCAAGAGGAUCUGGGGCCUCCUCUUCGAAUGCAUGUACUCUGUCAGCCAUCAGUACCAUCAUGAUUUCUCUCACAGCUAGGUCCAGUUUAUGACAAAAGUGAUCGAAAGGACUUGCUGUUUAUAAUAUAAGCAACAUUUAGCUAGUUGUUUUGAAGACACCCAGUACUAAGUAAUAUUGUUGUUCAAGUACAUCUUAUUACUGGAAAAAAAAAAAUGUUUUUUGCUUCUUU